AAGCAUGGCGUCUUUUUAUUCAACAGCAUGCCAUCAUUUACAGAACAGCUGCUACUGACUUUAUACCAGCGAUCUCAAACCAGCAUCUACAGAAACAUCCAGAGGAGAAAACCAGAGAACCAUGAGUGCUGCUCACCGUGAAACAAGCCUGAAAACCAAACUGGCUGCGCUGCAGUGCCACUUCACCUGGGAUCUACAAACCAAUGACAACGAACUUGCUCGUAUCAGGGACGGGCUGCUGGAUAUCGGCACUGACGAGGGAAACCGAUGGCUGGGUCACAUUUACAAUCUGCUGGGUUACAUCCACUUCCUCCUGGGUUGCCCUGAUGAUGCCAGGAAAUACUUCACGAGGGCUGCGGAGGCCCUUUGCCACACAAGGGGAGCAGGUGAGGGUCCCUGGCUGCUGGUGAACUAUGCUAAUGUGGCUUGGCUGCAUUACCACAACGGAGAAGAAGCAAAGAGUCUGGAAUGGUUGUCAAAGGCUAAUGCACUGUUGGAAGAAUACCAAUCUUCAUCGCAGCACAACUUACACGCAGAGAUCUAUGCUGAGAAAGGCUGGGCUCUGCUCAGGUACAAAAGCAAGAGAGAAAAGUCGCUGGCUUCAGUUUACUUCCAAAAAGCCAGCGAGAUGCAGCCGAACAUGGUGGAGUGGUAUGUCAGCUUUGUGUCAGCCAGUGUUGAUUAUCCAGAGACCAGUCCAGACAUGUUAGAGAAAAUGAAAAAUGCCAAGAGACAGGAUCCAGAGAACCUGUUCCUCGCUGCUCAGUACCUCAUGAUGCGGGCCAGGAAUGGAGAACAAGUUCGAGAUAAAGUACGCAAAUUGGCCACCAAGAUUAUGAGAAAUCCUGUCAGCAGUCAUAGUGGGUUAAGGACAAUACUUAACAUUUACAAAACCUAUGACUCUGUGGAUGAGGCAAUUGAUUUGGCAGAGGAGGCUCUGAGAAACCAUCCAGAUGUCCGUUAUUUAAAACGAUGUGCUGCACUGUGUUAUAAAUGGAAGGUGAGUUCACCAAACGGUCACCCAGUGUCAAACACAGAUAUAGAAAGAGCGAUCCGCCUCCACAAAGACGUGAUUUCUCUCUACCCAGAUUCUUCAUUUGUAAAGAAAAUGGACCUUGCAACCAUAUAUACAAAGUCAGCUCACUGCCCAGAUAAGGCUGGGGAGAUUUUCCAGGAGCUGUUAGAAAGUCGCCUGGAACCUCCAGAACAACAAGUUCUGUUCAACAUCUAUGCAAGACAUGUAUUCUUCCAUCUAAACGACAUAAACAAGUCAUUACACUACCACAUCAAGGCAGUAGAGAUACCAGAAGAGUCAUUCUUUCGAAGGCACAGCAUUCGAGAGCUGCACAAAGCCAUGAAAAGAAACAACAACAAUCCCAUGCGUGGUGAAAUAGAAGAGUGUCUGAAAAAGCUGCAAAUACAGAGCACCUGAUAUUUUUACACUUUGAUCCUCCAAAAAGGGAUAAAUAUUAUAAUAUCAUCGACUAAAAAAUAUAAAAUCAGCACUAUCUCUUAUGGUGAUAGCAUCUUCAGCCAAAAUCAAUGAAAAACAUUCCAAUUUAAUUCAUGUGGGAAAUAAAUACAUAUACAUUCCACCUUGAGUUCAGCUGUUUAACUGACAUUAACGGGGAAUACAGAGCAGGUUUCAAGGGUCUGAGCGAGGAUUUAUACAUUUGAUUGCAGUGUUAGUGGAAGAUGAAUGUGGCUGUCAACAUAUCUUUCAUCUUUUUAUUUUUAUUUUAACGUGUAAUAUUGUAUAUUUGAUCUGUAUAUUGUGUUACUAUGAUCUAACUUAGUAACACAUUAAAUGAGAUUCUCUUUUUAAUGUCUUUUCAGUGUCUACCAUUGUUCCGUAUAUUGUCGAUUGUAUAAUCAAACAUGAAAUGUGUGUUUUUGAAUCAUGUGUUAAAGUAACCUUGAGCUGUUUGAUGAUGAUUAUUUUUUUAGAUAAAGACUUUACGUGUUUCCAAAAUUGUACUCCAUUAGUUAGUUUUAAAAAACCCGUUAUGAAUAUUGGGUAAAAUGUAUUGUAAAACCUAGCAACUGCAAUAAAACAACAUUUUCA